AUGAGUGCAAAAGUCUCUUGUGAUGGCACUAGUGUUGGAGCUGGGGGUUGCGGCGGUGCAGGAAGCAGCGGUGGUGGUGGCAGUGGCGGUGGUAGCAAUGGACCAUGCGGAGCGUGCAAGUUCUUGAGGAGAAAGUGCGUGCCGGGGUGCAUUUUUGCACCCUACUUUGAUCAAGAUCAAGGUGCAGCUUAUUUUGCAGCCGUGCACAAGGUGUUUGGAGCCAGUAAUGUUUCGAAGCUCCUCCUUCACAUUCCAGUGCACAAGCGGCUCGAUGCGGUGGUGACCAUUUGUUAUGAGGCUCAGUCCCGCCUUAGAGACCCCGUCUAUGGCUGUGUUUCCCACAUCUUUGCCCUUCAACAACAGGUGAUGAAUCUGCAAUCCGAUCUUUCCUACUUGCAAGGGCAUCUCGCGGCGCUGCAAAUUCCAACUCCGCCACCACCUCCUCCUCCUCCGGUGCAGCCAAUAGUAAUGCCACCGGUACUAUCGAUUUCAGACUUGCCGACAUCCGCCACAGUGGCACCAACAUAUGACUUAUCCUUACUGUUUGAACCAGUUGGGCAAACUCAAUGGAUGUUGCAGCUCCCUCAUCAGCAAACAGAUCCAUGUCAGUAUGGUGGCCGCGCCACCAGAGCGCCACAGGAGAUGCCACCAUCAGGCUCCGGGGCAGGCGGUGGCGAUGAUCUGCAAGAACUGGCUUGUGAACUUCUUCAACGACAUGCAAAUCCAACAGUGCCAUGCACACAAGCCCCACCUUUGCCACCCCACUCAAAGAUAAACUGA